UCUUAGGGUUAAUAGUCAAAACCCGAAGAAAGACAUAAACACAAAAGAAACCGAAACAGAGAGUUUAGAGGAUCAGAAGAAGUGUCUGCGAGAGCGAGAAAGAGGAACAAAGAUUUUGAUUUUGAGAAAACGAUGGAAGACGAUGGAAGAGACGCUCAUCAACUCGAUUUGGAAAACGCCGAUCGACAUGUUUGGUUGAUGAAGAGUCCUGUUGUUGUCUCCAAGACCUGGGACAAGCUUACUCCUCCUCCUCCUCCUCCUUCUUCGUUUUCGUCGUAUUCUUCCCCUGGACUCACUAGUUUGGCCAAGGUUGUUGAAUCCGUGAAUCCUCUACAGCCCGAGCCCGAGUUCAACAUGGAGAUGGUGGGUGCUGAGUAUGGGAACAUGCCAAAGAGCUACUCUUUGAACAUGUUUAAAGACUUUGUUCCAAUGUCUGUCUUAUCCGCUGUCGAUCUCGAAGAGAAUCCAGCUGCUGAAGGAACGAUAGAACAAAAAUUCGACAUGAAGCCACAGGGAGAAGACAUUGAAGAGUAUGCAAGGCUUUGUCGAGAGAGAACAAGCAGAUCCAUGGUUAAGAACCGACAGAUCCAGGUUAUUGAUAAUGACCGUGGAGUACAUAUGAGGUUUUUGCCUGGAUUGCCUAAUUUGCUUUCCUCCAAUUCAAGGGAAAAGAGGAAAGCUGUCCCAGUCAAGCAAACAGAUGUGAAGAGGACGAGGAGAGAUCGUGGUGAGCUCGAAGGCAUAAUGUUCAACCUAUUCGAAGGCCAACCAAACUGGACCCUGAAGCAGCUAGUACAGAAGACUGACCAACCAGCGCAGUUUUUGAAAGAGAUACUAAACGAGCUUUGCGUUUACAAUAAGAGAGGAUCGAACCAAGGGACUUAUGAACUUAAACCAGAAUACAAGAAAGCUGGUGAAGAUGAUACAGGUGGACAGUAAAAAAAACAAUCGCAUGUGUAGCAAACAUCUAUGUACUACAUGUGCCAAGUCAUUUUAGCGAGAGGAGUUCUAUUUUAAUUUUUACUAGUUAAGCCAGAAUAGUCAAAUUAUGAAAUUUUAGUGUUUCUUAGCACUUAUUAAAAAUCUUACUCCCAAUAAAAAAAAUGGCUUCAACUCA